CCGCCCUCUGCGGGAACCGCCGGCUCCUCCCUCCUCCGGACCUUCUCCCCCACCGGCAGCGCGGGAGGGAGGCCGAGAUGGCAGAUGAGAUCGCCAAGGCUCAGGCCGCCCGGCCUGGUGGCGAUACGAUCUUCGGGAAGAUCAUUCGCAAGGAAAUCCCAGCCAAAAUCAUUUAUGAGGAUGACCAGUGUCUUGCUUUCCAUGACAUUUCCCCUCAAGCACCAACACAUUUUCUGGUGAUACCCAAGAAACAUAUAUCUCAGAUUUCUGCAGCAGAAGAUGAUGAUGAAAGCCUUCUUGGACAUUUAAUGAUUGUUGGCAAGAAAUGUGCUGCUGAUCUGGGCCUGAAGAAGGGUUAUCGAAUGGUGGUGAACGAAGGUUCAGAUGGGGGACAGUCUGUCUACCAUGUUCAUCUCCAUGUUCUUGGAGGUCGGCAGAUGAAUUGGCCUCCUGGUUAAGUGUGGUGCAGGGAGAAUUUUCCCUCUCUAGGCAGCGGUCAGAUCUGCAAGUUCCAAUAUGCUAAACAGUACACUUUUUGCCUGUGUAUGAAGAAAAUGCAGAAAUAACUUUAAAAACCUAUACAUAAUAAAAGACAUUGAUGCAUGGUUUGAAUUCUGUAUUUGACUUAUUUCAAAAAACUGAUUUGUUGGACUGAUUGAAAGUGGAGUUCAUAAUUUGGGAGGUUUUUGAUUUUUUUUUUCCCUAAGGAGAACUUAGGGAGAAAAAAACCAUAUGUACGUGGUUAUCAUGGUGUGACUGGCCUUUGAAGACAAAUUUUAAAAUUUCAUAAAGUUAGCUUUAGCUUUGAAAUACCCUUUUAUGGUAAAAUAUUAGUUCAGAAGAUUUUCUCAUCUAGUUCUCUUAUUUUUUCUAAGAACAGACGAGUAUGUGAUGUGAUUGAUCCAGAAAGUGACAUUUUGGAGUCUAGAAAAAAUGCUUUUUUUGGACUCUUGGGGUAAUUUGUAAAGGAGGAAGGUAGAUAUGUUACAGAAUCUUUGAUGCCCAUAUGAAGGCAUACAGUGCUAUUUCCUGGUUACCUAAACUUUGAGUAUUUAUUAUUAUUUGAAAACAUAAUCUUUAGAAUUAACUUUCCAAAUUGAAAACUCAGUGUUUUGAAUGUGUAUGUCCACACGAGCAAAAAUAUUUUAAAUUGUGCAUGAACUGGCUAUGUCAAAUUGAAGGAGAGGAUCUCGAGGUCUGCGUUCAUAGACUGACAACAAAACUUAAUUAUUUUGGUCUUGCCACAUACCCUAACUAACCUUUCUAAGGUUGUACAGGGCAAACAGUUUUGCUUGUUUGUGCUCCUUCAUGUGGCUAAUUGCCAGCUUCUAAAACACAGACUUUUGGUCUGUUCCUUCGUUCUCUUUGUGCUUAUGGAUUGCAUUCAUUUUUAAUUUCUAAGACCAUUUUAGUAGAUUCUGACACAUUGCAAAUUGUAUUUUUAAUUUUAAUUUUUAACUUUGUUAGUGACUGAAAAGUUUCAGGGGCAGGGCUGGUGAAGGGAAAUUGGCUGUGUAUGUCUUACAAGUAAUUUUUUCCAACUGUUAUUUUUUUACUUUGUUUAUGGUGUUUAAAAUAUUUGUAUAGUUAAUAUAUCAAUUUUUAUUUAGUUCAUAUUUUAAAAAGCCUUUCCCACUCCAGGAGGAUUUAUAAUAAUUUUUCCCCUAAUACUUUAUGGCUUUAUGUAUUUUUAUGAAUUUUCUUAUGGGGGAAUGUCUGGGGAGGCAUUUUGGAGGUAUUUGUGCCACUGUAAAGAAUGUAGUAAUGAGAGAAGCAUUUGUAUUAUAUAUAUGAGUGUUGAGUCUACUUUCAUUAGGCAUAUUAACUUUCUGAUUGAUUUUGUCAAACUAGUGCUAAUAAAUCAUGUAGACAACCA